AUGGCCAUGCUCAUGGUCGAAGAUUCGGAACCGGCCAUGCAGCUGGAGAAUCAGUUUUUUGCCCUUCCGGCAACGCUGACUGAUCGUUGGCGUACGGAGAACGAGAAACUGAAUCCCACUACCAUUCUGACGGAUAACGGUUCAGCUGGAGACAUCAACUUUUUCAUUCCUCCCAGUACGUCUGGUUUACUUAGCUUGGCUGAUAUGAUACUGGAGCUAGAGGUGGGCAUCAAAGUGCGCAAGGGUACUGGAGAAUGGGAAGCGAUGACAGCAGCCGAUGGUGUCGCUCCCGUCAACAAUUUUCUGCAUUCUCUGUUUUCUUCGUGUCACGUGACGGUGGCUAAUCGGCUUAUCUCGGAUGCAGCGACGUUCUAUCCAUACCGUGCUUAUCUGGAAUCAUUGCUAUCUUAUACGACCGAUGCGCAAAAUAGUCAAUUGACAUCGGCGGCUUUCUACCACGAUACCGCACUGCGCUUCAACGAUGAAACACUAAACAAGGGCGAGAAAAACCGCAAAGCCUUGUUUGAUGGUGGAAAUUAUGUGCAACUGUCUGGCAAGCUGUUUGCGGAUCUGUUUGACCAGAGUAAACCGCUGUGCACGGGUGUGCCUGUCAAUAUCCGACUAGUGGUCAGCCGACCGGAAUUUUCUUUGCGCCUGUGGGAUCAAGACGCUACAAAGUCCUUCAAACCAUUCAUCCGCAACGCUCGACUAUCGAUUCGACGAUAUAUACCAUCCCCUGAUUUUCUAACGGCCGUGAUGGGAGAAUUGUUAAAAAAAACCGUAAAGUACCACAUUGAACGUGUGGUAAUGCGUGUGUCGGAUAUUGCUCAAAAGACACAGAGCACAGUGGUCAGUAAUCUGCAAAUUGGACAAAUUCCCAAAGUGGCCUUCAUUGGAUUUGUGGACAGUGAAGAUUUUCAUGGAUCAAGUAAACGCAGUCCGUUCAACUUUCAACACUUUAACCUGACGCAAAUCAGUGUGGAAGUGGACGGGCAAAGUUAUCCCAACAAACCGUACAUGGCUGAUUUUGAACGCAGCCUGUCUUUGGAAUGCUAUGAUGGACUACUAGAUACGUUGGGCCAUCGACCAAGUCUACAAGGAAGUCUCCCGUUUACGCGCAUACAGUACAACCAAGGCUAUACGCUAUAUGGGUUUGACCUCACGCCCGGACAUACUGGACGCGGACCGCUAACUUUGAUCAAACAGGGCAAUUUAAGCGUUUCUGUUUCCUUUGGAAAACCAUUGGUAAAAACCAUCAUGAUGGUGUGCAUGCUGGUGUACGACAGCGUUAUUGAGAUCAACCAACACCGUCAGCUGAUUGCGGACUUUUCAACAUGCACAGCCAGCAAAUCAACGAGGCCUUGCAGGGCCAUUCGAUCACCACCCAAACUUUUUGUGGUGUUUUUGCCAGUAAUGAAGUACCCCCGUCACUACAACCCUAUCCCGCAGCGUGUGUGGUAA